AUACUAAAGUAAAGUGCAACGGCCGACGCCAACGAGGGAGGUCGUGUUGCACGUGUUUUUGCUUUUUACUGUAAUGCAGUUGUUAUGAAUAAAAAACUUUAAAUUAGGUUUAAAAAGUGCCGGAUUUAUAAUAACUGACUAACGUUACAGCUCCACCUGUAUAUGUUUUGACGCAGUCGUCCAUUGCGUCAACGAAGAACACAGAUGCCAGUAUCAGUUUUAUGAUAUUAGUGUACCUGUGAGCCAUGGAGAUGUCACACCAGGGUGGGGCGGAGGGCGAGAGCCUCCUGAGGCAGGAGAGGGGAGCCGUCGUCAUGCCUGGCCAGAGACAAGGACGUUGGGAUGCGGCGGACGAGAAGGCGCCAUUCCUUCGCAACGAGCCGGUGAAGUUAACGCCGGCUUGGGAAGGCAACAACUUGCCAAAUGACACGCUUAACUUGAAAGGUAUCGCAAUGGACUUAGCAGCUCCAAAAGACAGAUGGCACCUAAUCUUCCUGACGCUGAUGCUGCACGGUCUCGGUACCCUGACUGCGUGGAACAUGUUCAUCACGGCGAAGGAUUACUUCGUGAAAUACAAGCUGGCCAGCGCUCCUGCCUACUCGGAACACUACCUCGCCUAUGUGGGGUGGGCCAGCCAGAUCCCAAACCUUGUGUUCAGCUGGGUCAAUGUCUUUUUGACGUCCAAAGGCGACCUUACAUGCCGUAUUGUAUGGUCGUUGAUAAUGGAGGUCCUUAUAUUCGUGUUCACCAUCAUCCUAGCUAUGAUGGACACCACCAACUGGCCCGGCACCUUCUUCUGGCUCACGAUGAUUUCCGUAUUCUUACUUAAUGGAUUCAACGCAGUCUUCCAGAACUCAGUGUAUGGUGUAGCGGCUCGACUGCCCGUGCGCUACACUGGCGCCGUGGUGCUAGGCAGCAACAUUUGUGGAACCCUCAUCGUGUUCCUCAACUGGUGCUCCGUGUUCUUCGACAACCAGCGUACCGCCGCCAUCUACUACUUCAUCGGCGGCAUGUUCGUGCUACUCAUUUGUAUUGACACCUACUUCGCUUUGCCUUUGAAUAAAUUCUACCGCUACCACGAGUCGCUGCAGCAGCAGAUGCAGGCGGAUGACAAUAAGAACGUGAACAAGCCGCGCGUGUCUCGCUUGAAGAUCUUCGGCCAAGCGUUCGUGCAGCUGUACAACGUGUUCAUCGUGUUCUUUGUCACCCUCGCCGUCUACCCUUCUGUUAUAUCAGAUAUCUCACCAAACGUCCCAGGGUUUUUGGGCGAUAACUUCGUUCGAAUGACAUGCUUCCUGACUUUCAACCUCACAGCUAUGAUCGGUAACAUCACUGCUAGUACGUGGAAAUUCCCGGGCCCCCGUUGGCUGGUAGUGUUCACAACGCUCCGUGUGCUGUUCAUCCCGUUCUUCCUGAUGUGUAACUACAAGCCGGCGGACCGCACCUUCCCGGUCUACGUCACCAACGACUGGGUCUUCUGGGUAGCCUCCGUUCUACUUGGCUGGAGUUCCGGCCAUGGAAGCUCGCUAGCCAUGAUGUAUAUUGGAGGUACUGUGGCUCCGGAGAACGCAGGCACAGCGGGUAUGAUCGGCGCGGCCAUGUUAGUGACGGGGCUUGUCACCGGCAUCACGUUCACUCGACUCUGCCCCAUCAUCGUCACAGCCGACCUUUGGCGCACCGCCUAGCGAUCACUACACUACGUCUCUACGGCGUGGAACGUGUUUACCAGAAGACUAGGACAGUGAAUGACGUCACAAUUAUGACGUCUAGUGAAGUGUUGUUCAGUAAAGUGAUCAUCCAAUCAAGACAAAGUUGGACAAGUGAUAUAAGGAUUGUGACAUUCGACUAAAUGUGUUCUAUAGCUAUAUAUUAUAUGCAAUUUAUAUUAUUCGUUGACAUGUGUACAGUUUGCCAAAAACUAAUAGUUUUAUCUGAUUUCUGAUCCACUUUGUGUGUGCCUUCUAUUUAUUUGUUCGUUCUUAUGUUUGUACCUUCUACACGGUUAAUCUGUUAAGAUGCAUUUACUAUCAUCAUCAGUUUAAGUAUAAUGUUAGCAACUUAAGUUGAAACCAAAUAUUUUGUCUCGAAGUAUGUACCUAUUCUGUCUGUACUACAAUAUCUCAUGAUUAUUUGUUCAUUUGGUGCUUAACAUGUAAGAAUUGUUUUGUCUUAUACUAGCAGUUGAUACACAAAAGUUAUAGCUUGGUUUAAGAGCUAAAAUGGUAUUAAAUAUUAUCCUAUAGAUAUAAGACUGUGACGAUAUUAAUUCUGCCAUGAGGCUAUUUAAGUCAAAAUGCAAGUGAAGCUUUGACUUUAGACACCAUAGAUAUAUUAAGGAAUUGGUUUUAAUGCAAGUUGACGAAUCUAAGAAAUAAUCAUUGACAAAAACUUUAUAAUUUUACAACUUAUUACUUAACAAAAUUUUAGGAAAAUGGAUAUUUAAAGUGGAAAUAGUUUAUUACUUCAACAGUUUUGUUGAAAUUAAAAUAUCAUAAAGGAUAUUAGGUAAAUGGAUAGUAUGAAAAUCGCUAUAUGAAAUUAUAUUUGUAAAGUUAAAGUUUGUAAGUGCGUAAAAUGUUUAAUAGUUAGGACACUACAUUUAUGAAGUUAAUAUAUUUGUUAUUAUUGUAAUAAUAUGUACUAUACAUUGCGUGGUGCCGUCUAUUGUUUCUGUUGCCCUGUUAAUAAUGUGUGUAAUAUUAAUAAUCAUGAUUAAAAACACUAAAAGCUGGGUGCUAACAUACAGUUUUACUCUAAACCGAGUGAAAAUCAACGUGCGUACCGUAAAAGUCAUAAGUGGAAGGCUCGAUGUAAUUAAAUAAAUUUAAAUACCGCACUUUCAAGAAGCGAGCUGAAGUUUUGUUUCAGUAAUACUAAUUGUAGCAUUAAAGCUGCUUGAUAGUUAAUGCUAAUAUGUGGAUGAAAAUGGUUUUUAUUUGAGGUAGUAAAUCUUGUAAAUCUGUAUGUACUAGGUACCCAGCUUUAAACUGCUCCUAAUACACAAGGUCUGAAUGUUGUUUAUGUAUAAAAACACCACCGUAUAAUACAUCCCUUUGCAGGGUUAACGGUACAUUUGUUUCAUGUGUUCUUUUAUUUUAUUUGACAAAUGCACUAAUCCAAAGUGCUUGAAUAAUUGACUAAAAUUAAGUUUAAGUAGUUAUUUGACCCUCAGUUUUGUCUUAGCACAAAUUUAAAACCCUUUGUGGAUGACAUUUGUAUGAAAUUUAAAUAGGAUGCCGUUUUCACGUGCCUGUGAAGGAUAGAUUUGUAUUUUGUACCUAAACAAUAGGUAAAUGAAUCUAUAAUAUCGCGGUUAUCCUUGUAAAAUGUCAUUCACAUUUAUUUUAUAGGUAAAUUCUAACAAAAAUAUGUUUUUUACAGACUGAAACACUAACAAUUCUUCGAUUAGAUAUAAGACCCUAGAGAAUUGUGGUUUUUCUCAAUAUAGCUAGGUGUAACAAUUUUAUUUUAGAUUAAUUUGCUCAUUUGACUUGCGUUUUUUUUUUGUUAGUUUUAUGUGUGCGCAUUUGAACAUUGAUUUGCGAAUCGUGAAUCAUUUUAAUUAGUAGUUAUGGCAACAUUUGAUCUAGAGUAUUCUAGAGACAUUUUUUUUUACUUCGUUGAGUGAAACCAAAUAAGUGACUGUUGAACAAUACCUGGUUUUUGUUUUAAAUACCCAGCAUGAACAUUGUUAGUCCUAUUUAUUUAAAAGUAAAAUGUUAUUUUUUAAA